CUGCCCACAGCAUCAAAUAAGGAUAUCGUUCCAAUGAAACCCAAUAUUAACGACGUAUUUUGACGACGAUGAACUCUUUGCGAACGCUCCGGGUUUUCAUCACCGGGCUUGUAAAUUGAUGGCACGGGGCCUCGUUUCAACAAUCUUCUUUUUGCAUAACCUUAGAAAUGUUUUAAACACUUUCAUUAAUAUAAACACAAUAAACGAAAUAAAUAAACAUCCUACCCACUUCAAACUGCAGACUAUUUUCAAAAUCUUCACUUGCAAAGUGAUGCAUGCAAAUAUAGCAAGUUUUAAAUUGGAAAUCCUUGCUUUGCCGGCAGAACUGGAUCCACUUUUUCCUAAGUUCUGGAUCUGAAGGAAAAGUAAACAAACUGCACUCUGCCGCCGUUUUUCCACAUUUCGCAACUGCGCACUUCAUUUUACAACGUUUUUAUUUUAUAACUUUAACAAAAAUAUCACAAAUCAAUACGUUUUCCUCGCAAACCAAUACGUUUCCCUCGCAAACCAAUACGUUUCCCUCGCAAACCAAUACGCUUCCCACCAAAAAUUUUAUAUUAUGACGUCAACACUCGAACAGCUGAUUUGUAAACAAGAGUAACGGACCUGCGCAAAGCGCAAUCUCUUUAUUCUAUCAUUCUUGAUAUGUACUCACCCGAAUCAUUUUAAUAUUUUUGAUGAAAAAGAUUUUUUUGAACGCUUUCGCCUGACAAAAGCAUCCGCUUACAGCGUUUUGGAGCUUAUCGGAGAGCACAUCAGGCACCCGACAAAUUGGAAUCACGCAUAGACAGAGGAACAAAUGCUACUUAUCACCCUACGGGUAUAUGCAGCUGGUGGAAUGCUUCAAACAAUUGGCGAUUUGUUCGGAAUAUCGAAGUCAACGGUGUCUAAAGUGGUAACGUUGGUGUCACACCAUAUAGCUCUGCUGAGGGCUCGUUUCAUUAAAUUCCCAGAAAGCGAUACGGAGAAACUUGAAACCUAUAAAGGAUUCUUCAAAAUUGCUAAGUUUCCCACAGUGAUAGCAGCUUUGGAUUGCACACACAUAAAGAUAAUUUCGCCAGGUGGUGAAAACCCGGAGCUAUAUCGGAAUAGAAAGGGAUUCUCUUCCAUCAACGUUCAAACCACAUGUGACGCUAGUCUUAAAAUAACAAAUAUUGUGGCUCGCUGGCCAGGUUCUGCUCAUGAUUCAAACAUAUUAAGGAAUUCUAGGAUGUACUCACGUUUUGAAAGCAGUGAUUUCGGUGACAGUUUAAUUAUUGCAGAUAGUAGACACCCGAACAAAAAAAGGCGUGAGUACUAGGUAUUCAUGA